CCCCCCACCUAGCUCUCCUUACAAAUUCGCUGUCUUCUCUUCCGUCUAAUUUCAGGUCUCUCUCUUUGUUAUAUUUUUUUUAUAUUUUCACAUGAGCAUGAAUGAUAUACAUAAAUAAUUCAUUUUUCUUCGACGCACAUGUAUUUCUGUGUACAUAUAUAAAUAUAUUGUGGUUAAUUGUGGUGGAAGAGAGGGGUUUGUGAUGGCGCCAAGUAUGAAGAACCUACAACUGACGGCGUCAGCCGUCAAGGGAUCGCCGGAAUAUGCUGGCGAGGAGGAGAGGCUGCUGGGUGGCGAUGACGUGGAGAAUUAUGUGGAAGUACCGGAGAAAUUUAGAAGAAUUCAGGUGAGCGUGACGGGGAUGACGUGUGCAGCCUGCUCUAAUUCCGUGGAAUCAGCUCUUAUGAGCAUACCCGGCGUCGUCAAAGCCUCCGUUGCCUUGCUCCAGAAUAAGGCUGAUGUCUCCUUUGAUCCUAUCUUAGUCAAGGAUUCUUUCUUGAUUCUGGAUUUACUGAAGCUGAGUUUGUUGUUCAAUUUUUUGGUGGUAUCGUGAGACAAUUUUGAGUCAGAAGAGCAGAAAUGCGUUUGGUCUUAUAAAUGAAUUCUGAAGUUAUGGGUAGAUCAAAACGGUGAUGAAUCUUCAUUAAUGAAACCUGAAUGGAUUUGGCAGUGUCAUUAAUAAUAACGAGGUUGGCUUUUUGAAAUCCAGGAUUGCAAAUUGGCAUUUAUGACUGCUCAACUGAGAUUCCCAACAUUGACAUGAGCUAAAUCAAUCGAAUGCUUUGUUGUUUGAGCUAAAUAUACUAUUUGGGAACUCAUUUUACUCUAUAUCUUCACAUUUGGUGCAGGUAAAAGAAAAGAAAAAAUCAUUGAGGAAACUGUAGAAAUAUAACAUCUUUUCCGUAAACUUAUAUACACUUGUUUGUUUUAAUAUUUCCUUGUUUCAUACAUUGGUCACAAGCUUGAAGAGAAUAAGUGAACGUGGUAAAAGGGGGUGCUAUGACAAACUUCUGGAGUCCUGCCUCAAAAGCAUCAAUUGUUUAAUUCUCAUUUUCUGUCAUUUGGUAAAAGACCUGUUUCUGUGCAGGUUAGUGCUGGAUAUAGGGGUUAAUGGUUUAAACAUGUUGAUGGCUUGCGACAG